CCGCGGCUUUCAUAUCCGCACAUUACGUGUCCAUCAGGGAAGGGAAUCCGUAUUCCAAGCCCCCGGCGCUUGCCGCGUUGCCACAAUGCAGUGGCCGCGAGGUAACGUUCCCGGGGACGGAGGCAGCGCGGGGCCCGGCCUGGCCGGCGCCGCGGGCUUCGCGCCGCCGCCUGAUUCAUAAACAUAUUGCUGCCAUCUCGUGGGCGCCGCCGGCCCCGCCGCCAUCCCGGCCGUUAUCCCCGCCGGCCGAGGCUCCUGCAGGAGCGGGUCCGUCGCAGGAGCUCAGCUUCCCGCUCGGCUUCCCGCUGGAGUUGGAGCGGUUUGUAGGCGCUUCGCUGUGGCGAGUGGCGCCUCGCGGGCCCGGCCGGGCCGCGCGUCCUGAGAGCGCUCGUCUUAGCCGGGCGCUGGGUGAGCUAAAUCUCUUGAAUAAGAGUCCCUCAAGCGAAGCUGUUAGUCCUGGGAAAUGCCGUAGUGGCAGUGUUGUGGUACGUGAAGUUGCACGGCGUCGUCUUUGUCUCGAAGACGCUGACUUGCGGCAGCAGAAGCGAUCAGACGAGACGUUUACUGCGAGGCUCUGCGGGGUCACGGAAUUAACAGGUGCCAAUGAGACGAGCUCCAAGAUCUCAGGAAAUGCUCUGUCCCGUGCGCUCUACUCACCUGUCCUUCCCCAUGCCCUCCCCCAGAUCACCACGCGCUCUGGCAAUGAGUUCCUGCUGCAGUCGGAUAUCGACUUCCUCAUAUUGGAUUGGUUCCACGCUAUCAAAAAUGCAAUUGACAGAUUGUCCAAAGAACAGAGCUGUACCUCGAGAAAUUUGGAGCUCAAACUCAAAAGAUCCUCCAGCAUAGAACUGCUGAAUAACUUAGAUGCUGAAUCCAAAGAACCAAAGCCUGAGCACAGAAAAUCUUUAAUUUUCAGACUGAACUACAGUGCAUCUGAUACAAAUGACAGAAAUCGAGUUAAAAGCAGAUUAAAGAAGUUUAUCUCCCGAAGACCCUCCUUGAAAACACUGCAAGAAAAGGGACUUAUUAAAGAUCAAAUUUUUGGCUCUCAUUUGCACUUGGUAUGCGAGCAUGAAAAUUCUACAGUCCCCAAAUUUGUAAGACUUUGUAUAGAAGCUGUUGAAAGGAGAGGUCUAGAUGUUGAUGGAAUAUACAGAGUUAGCGGCAAUCUGGCAACAAUACAGAAGUUACGAUUUGUUGUCAAUCAGGGUAAGUGAUUCCUCCACCCUGGUAAUGUUUUGUUUAGUACUUAACUGUCUCAGAU